UCCCAAACUCUUUCAUGCAAAUUGCAAACCAAAUUUCAUUCCCAAACUCUUUCAUGCGAAUUUAAAACGACCGAAUUGAUGAAAAUAAAUAUGGCAAAGAGGGCGGCAUUCCUUUGGCUUCUACUCUCAUUACUUGUUCAAUUUUCAUGCUAUUGGCCAAUUAUGGCCGACGCCCAGGAAGACUUCGUGGAAUGUCUCAAUAGAAUCUCCCAUAAUUCCAUGUCCAAUAAUGACGUGUACACUCCCAAGAACUCCUCGUACUUGCCCAUUUUGCGGUUCUCGAUCCAAAACCUGAGGUUCAACACGACGAGGACGCCACGACCUCGGGUCAUAGUCACCCCGCGGGAAGAAUCCGAGGUGCAAUCGGUCAUACGUUGUGCCAAGGAACACGACAUCCAAGUUCGAAUCCGAGGUGGGGGCCAUGACUACGAAGGGCUGUCUUACACCACAGAUUUUGGAAAUCCCUUCCUCACUCUUGAUCUAUUCAACAUGAGAAACAUCACGGUUUAUUCUGUGGAAAAGACCGCUUGGGUAGGAGCUGGAUCAACCAUUGGCGAGUUGUAUUACAGGGUUUCGGAGAAGAGUCCAACCCUCGGUUUUCCUGCGGGUUCUUGUCCUACUGUCGGAGUGGGAGGACAUUUUAGCGGAGGAGGCUACGGUGUGAUGCUGAGAAAAUAUGGUCUCGCGGCGGAUCAAAUUAUUGAUGCGCGUUUGGUUGACGCAGACGGGAGAAUCCUUGACAGGAAAUUGAUGGGGGAAGACCUUUUUUGGGCUAUUAGAGGUGGUGGGGGCAAUACUUUUGGAGUAGUUCUUGCAUGGAAGGUUCAAUUGGUGGAUGUGCCCCCAAGCGUCACAGUUUUCACGAUCAAAGAGACACGAAAGCCAAACGCCAUGAGUCUCGUCCACAAAUGGCAAUCGGUCGCUUCAAACUUCCCCAAGGAGUUGUUUAUUAGUGUCCACAUAACAAGAGUGAAUGCAUCUACUACGCAAAACCAAACGACAACUCAAGUCUCCUUCAACUCUAUCUAUCUCGGCGGAGUUGACCAAUUGCUUCCCAUCAUGCACGAAAGGUUCCCCGCAUUGGGCUUAACGGAGGAACACUGCACCGAAAUGAGUUGGAUCCAAUCCGUUCUGUACUUUGCAGGGUUCCCGAAUGGUUCACCGAGUGACGUUUUGCUUAGAAGAACACCUCUCUCUCCGGUACAACACUUCAAAGCAAAAUCGGAUUACGUGAAGAAAUCAAUCCCCGUGAAAGGACUAGAUGGGAUAUGGAAAUUCUUCGAAGACGACGAAGCAACACUAGCCCAGAUGAUCAUGAGUCCAUACGGUGGAAGAAUGGACGAGAUCUCCGACUCAUCGAUUCCGUUCCCUCAUAGAGCUGGGAAUUUGUACAAAAUCCAACAUUUGGUGUAUUGGAAUGAAGAGGGGAGUGAAGCUUCGGAAAGGCACAUAAGUUGGAUAAGAAGGCUAUAUGCUUACAUGGGUCUCUUUGUUUCCAAGCUCCCAAGAGAGGCGUACAUAAACUAUAGAGACCUUGACAUAGGGAUGAAUAGUGAAGGAAACACUAGUUAUUUACAAGCGAGCAUAUGGGGGAUCAAAUAUUUCAAGAAUAAUUUUGAUAGGUUAGUGCAUGUUAAGACCAGCGUGGACCCCUCCAACUUCUUCAGAAACGAGCAGAGCAUUCCUCCACUAACAUCAUGCUGGAAGAAUAUGAGAGGUAAGUAAUUAACACAGACCAUAUAUUAUUUAUUUAAUUCAUUGGACAUGUUUUAUAGAUGUAAUAAGGGUCCAGUACGUGAUCCAGGACUUUGAUUAAGUUGCAUGUUGGUAUUUCCUACUACUUUUAUUUUAAAAAAAAACAUGUAUGGAAUAAAACAUACAUACAUACAUACACAGGAGCAGACCCAGAACAUUUAUACCAUGGGGUCGCACCUAGAAAAUUUAUAAUACAUAUACAUUAAAGUUUAUACUACGUA